GAAAAAAAAAAUGGUGGCUCGCAAGUUCCUGGUUCGCCACGACGACUCAACAUUUAGCGUCGAUUAUGACACCGACGACGGUUUUGAAGUGUUUCAGUUCCAGCUCUUCUCCCUCACUUCAAUUCCUCCCGAUGAGCAAGAGAUCGCCGGAGAAGAAGAUGAUGCGACGUUGUUAAAGGAAGAUGUCAUCGAACAACCUCACCCGCUUGAGCAUUCAUGGACCUUCUGGUUCGAUAACCCACAAGCCAAAUUACACUUUCCCAACCAUCGAACAACUCUGGAGCCUUUACAAUAACAUGCAUCAUCCGAGCAAGUUGGCUGUGGGAGCAGACUUUCAUUGUUUCAAACAUAAGAUCGAGCCU